CAUGGAACCGCGUGUAACAAAUUCAUUUCAGCUUUUUUAAUUUUUUUUCUUAACCGCACGUAACAUGAGAAAAAUUAUCGGGUUUGUAAAAAAUGGUAAAUUCGAUAGAAAAUGAAAUGACUUUGUUUGAACUAGCGUUUGAAAAUAGUUCACACAUUAACCCUGAAGAUGCACAGUUAAAAGACCUGCUGAAGCUGCUUGAAGAAACGACAAAAGAAAAUGAACAGAAAAAAUAUAUCAAACAAAUUGUAGAUCUUUAUAAAUUAAGUAGAGAACAAAAAGCUGAGAACUUGCAAGCAAAAAAUGUACUUUUAGAAUUUUUUACAAAAUAUGGUUCUAAGAAGGUGUUGAAAAAAUAUUUACAGGACAUUAUAGGCGAACCAAAUUUAUCAACUUCUCUUUUGAAGUCUACAACGGACGAAAUUUUAGCAAAUGUAAACAAUUUCAAAUGUUGUAACAUAAAGCAGUGUUACGAUUUGGUCAAUUUUGUAUAUUUAAUGCAAACCACUGAACAUUUUCAGUAUGAAAUUACAAUAGAAUAUUUGUUUCCAUUAUACUGUGUGCUUUUUGAGGGUUUUGUUCAUCAUGCCACAUCAAACUGUCAACCAGUUACUUCACUAUCUGAAGAAUUACUCGCUCUUAUGAAUGCCGUGCUCAAACAAAUUUUAUUCGGUUUGGUUAGAGUCGUACCAUAUACAGAGACUAUAUCAAAGCAGUACAGUAUAAAACUUAUCGUUUGGUCUCACUCGAUUCUCAUCAGUGAGAAGGUCGGUUUUGACCUGAAAACAAAAUCAGGUUUAAUCAUCACAUAUUGCUACAACAUUAUUCCUGAGAGUUAUCGUAAUAAUUUUAAAUAUAAAGAAUGCCCUCCUUUGGAGCUCAUAGCAUGUUAUAACGAGGAGAAUUAUUUUAAGUUAAACAAUUACAAAUUGUCAGUUUUCAAAGAAACUGAUUGCAUUGUAAUCAUCUAUGCCUCUAUUUUGAGUGUUCUGCCUCAAGAUAAGCUGCUUGAAAUAAAAAUCAAUGGUAAAGCUCUUGUGUGCAUAUUGUACAAUGGGCUUAUGGAAUGUGCGAAGAGGAAAACUGGCGUUCCUCAUGUUAUAGUAGAGAUUAGUAGAACAUUGAGCAUAUUAGGCAAACACUUGACGGUAGUUCCCCCUGAACUAAUGAAGCCUAUAUUUCUAGAAGCAAUAGCAUAUAUUUGGUCACACAUCGAUCAUUUCGUUGACACUGUCCGUAAUUACGCUAAACAAUUUUUUGCUGAUAUCGUAAUGGUAGCAGCUCAUCAUAAAAAUAAUGGUUAUGGAGAUUUAGCUGAAAUUUUAAUAGAAUAUGUCAAACAGUUGUCGUCGACACAGACUAUAAAAUUUCUAGCUAUGGAGAACAUCGGACAGCACUUUGGUGCCAAUUAUCUCUUAAAAAAUUUUGAAGAUUUGCAGGAUACUUUGUUGAAUGGUAUUUCAGAGGCCACUAUUUCUGACCAAGUGUGCAAGACGUAUAUUUCCAUUAUGGAGAAACAUUACCAGGAAAUCGAGAAAGACGAGUGGAUAAAAUUUUGGAUUACGCCAGCGACGAGGGUGUUAAAAAAUUGCAGCAAAUGUACAUCCGUCUGUCAGCGAAUUAUUACCAGAGCCUUCCAGUUGCAUCCCGUAAUAUUGAGGAUAAUAUAUCCAGCGGAUUACGUAGGGAAUUCUCAAGAAUCGGGCGUUCUGCUAAAGUGUUUGCAGUACGCCAGGGUUAAUGGGAUUGAACUGACUGUAGAUAGGAAAGAGAAUAGCUGUUUUUAUUGGAGAGGGUUAAUAGACAAAGACAAAUUGAUGAAGUUUGCCGUACAUCAGGACGACGAGAUAAGGAUUUCGGUCUUGGCGGUGAUUGUCGAAAGUCAAAAAUCGACUGAAAUCUUCCUGGACUGGGAGUUUGAGUUUUUAAUAAUGUACCUGCACUAUAAUAUCACAUCUCAAAUACCGAAUAUUCGGAAACAGAUCAUAACGUUUUACAAAAAGGCUUUAACUAGGUACAGCACCGGGUAUUAUGUUAUAAUGAGGAAUAUAUCCUACCUGACGAAACGGAUAGAGAUGGUGGAAGACAAGCAGGAACCGAUAAGGAUACGAAGGGUUUACCAGGAGCUCAACAUUUCUUAUAGAUGUUUUAUUAGGAAAUUUACGAAAUUAUUGAUUUCUUACUUGACGUUUGACUCGAACUACUUCAGACGAUCCGCUAGUCUCGACUUGUUGAUAAGCAUACAGAAAUUCCUUCAUAACGAUCAGUGGCAGAGCUGCUGGUCGGAAGACGAUGUCAAAAAUUGCCAUAAUAUUCUAUUCGAUAGUUACGAGAGCAAUAAGAAAAUGGCCGUAACUUUACUUAAAACCUUGCCACCACGUUCAAUAGGAUUUACUAACGUCGAAUUCACCUUCAAAUACAUGCAGCGCUGCCUGAACAUGGCGGUAGACAUAAAACCCAACAAAACUCUGUCCGCCGCUUACCUGUUAGAAGUGUGUACUUACUCGCCGCAUUUCUACGACAUCGUACAAUACACCACGAGUGAAAGCCAACGCCUUCAGGUUACCGAUCCCAAAUUGGAUAUGGUCAUAGUCCUCAUAGGAAAGCUAUGUGCAGAAGAGGUGAAAAUUGAUGAUAUUUAUGAGAUAAAAACAUCGAAUCACGGUAUUCUUUUAAGUAUAAGGCACAUCCUCGAAAACAGAGACAUUAGUAAAAACAACGAAGCAUAUUCCGGAGUAUUUGAACACCUUGUAGUCAUCUGCCUGAACCUGAAAAACAGUAUUAUGCCGAUCGUGUGCAGUCCCGCACCCGAGGGCUACAUACCCGACAAUGGAGAGGAAUUGUGCGACAAAGACGAGUCCUCGAAGGCUCAAAAAAUCUUGUGCUACGCGUGGCGUACCAUUAAAGAAAUGACUUUGCUGUUAGCAGAAGUCGUGAAACAAGCUGUCAAAUUAGAAGAUAAGACUGAGAUGUUGUCCGAGAUGCUUCUGAUGAAGAUCGGGGAGUUCUUUUUUAAGAUUUUCGUAGAGAGCAAACAUAGGGGAGUGUUUGAGAAGGCUUACGUGGGUUUUUCCGUUGUAUGUGAAUCGUUUUGGACAUGUGCAAAUCCGAAUAUAAAUUGCCUUCCUAAAAUGUGGUUACAGGAUGCCUUAGCUUUCUGCACAGGAGAAAAACAGACUGAUAAAUUAUGUGCUACUAGACGCAGCGCAGGGCUACCAUUUUUAUUACUGGCGAUACUGAGUUCCGAAACGUCCUUCGACAAACCAAAUUUCCACGAAGUGAUGAAAACGCUACUAAAAACCUGCGAAAAAACAAACCCCUCUUGCGACGAGUACAGAAUGCAUUGCAUGAACGUAUUAAGGAUAAUCUUUAGGCACAGCAAGCUGGGAGAAGCGGUUUCGUCUUAUGUCGCAGCCGGGGUGAAAGUAGUCAUUACUUGUUUUAAGAGCAGCACGUGGGGGAUAAGAAAUUCCGCGACACUUCUGUUCGCUUCACUGAUGACCAGAAUAUUUGGAGUGCAACGAACACAAGAUUCCGAGGACUUGUGUAUAAAAAAUAGGUUAACUGUUAGGGUUUUCUUCCUAAGGUAUCCGGAAUUGUUCCAGUUCCUCCUGGAAACUCUAUCGGAAGAAUGCGACAAGAACGAGAGCCUAGUUUUACAUCCACUUUUGAUGAUAUUAGCCAGGUUGUACCCCUCUCACUUAGAAGAGUAUAACGCACAGAUGGAGAAAUACCUUCCUCAUAUAACGACGUCUCUGUCUAAUCCCUUUUAUAGAACCCGCGAUCUAGCUGCAAGGGCAUCAGUACCGUUGAUCCGUACUGACCGAGCUUCUAAUUACCUAGUGAAUUGUUUUAGUCAGAUGAAGUGCUCGGAUAUAGAAGAUAACGAGUGCCAGGGACUUCUUUUGCAGAUAUGGCACCUUCUUAAAUCGAAUGACAACUUGGAAGUUCCGCUGACGAAGUGUUUGAAAGACAGCAUCCAUCUUCUUCAGUAUGUCGGAAAAAAGUUCAGCCAUAUGACGAUAUCGCUGUACAUGGAAGUUCUCCUGUUGCUUCUUAUGAAAUUCAAGAAAUAUGAUGACAUUAGCAUGCUGAAAGAGAUUCUAACCCUGCUCUCGAGACAAAUAACAUCAAAUCUAUUGCCGAUGACCUCCAUGGGAAAGUUUCCGCAGAUGCGGAUGCUGCUUGUUCUCUUCAUCAUUGUGAACAAAUACGACGAGUGCGAAGUAACAUAUCCGACCAUAACCAACCAAAUAAUGUCCCAGUUGUACGGACACAAUAUGGAGAUGAAACGGUUCUGUCUCAACCUGUUGAUCUACAUGAAUCAAAUACAAAACGACACGUCCUCCAAACACGCCUUAUUCCAGAUGGAGGAGCUGCAGAUUCCCCCGGAAAUAGUAACGUUAGUGGAUAGCUUCGAGCGACACUCCGUCAAGAAGAUACUGACCCACAUACACCCGUAUCUGAAAUGUUUCCUGACGGAAGAGAUAAAGUUCCAACACUACAUCAAGAAGGAAGAUCAAGUCCUCUUAUUUUUGUUACUUAACUACUACCCCUGCGUGAUAAAAUAUUUAAAUUUAAGCAAACAAGAGACCCUUAACAUGCUGAUUAACUUCUGCAACUGUGAUAACGAAGAGCUUAUUAGUGCUGUAGUUAGUUGUAUAAGCACGUUUUUAUUACAGCUAGAUUAUAACGUGUUGAGUUACAGCCAGCUGAUACAGAUUUUAGUUGAAUCGGCGUCGCCGGCAGCUAGUGAUUUCAGGCGGUUGGCCGUUUGUGAUUUCCUGUCGAAAAAUUAUAUAUUGUACUGCAACGAGGACCCUAUUUUGAGUGGUGACGAGCUCCAAAUGGUUUUGAGUAUCGUGAUGGUUCUACUGGAGGACGACGAGUUGAUGGUCCGAAAUGCCAUGAGCAGUUUUGCGUCUGCGUUGAAAAUUAAGAUCACUUUAAAUAAAAACGCAAAACAAACGCUUUCAGGACAUCGAUGGCCAGUAUUGCCGGAAAAAGCUAGGGAGGAUUUACUGAAUUUAUGUUACAUAACACUGCCAAAGGAUAGAGCAAUUUGUUUUAUAUUUUCUUGGGCAUGCCGUCAUUUUCCUGAUUCUUCAAAUGACGCAUCCGAGGUUUUCGAACGCGGCGAGGUGAAUUUGUAUGCGGAAAACGUGCCGUUCAUGGACCUGUGCGUCUGUUUACUCCAUAAACUAUUGUGGCCUUUAGAAGACGGAUUAAGUUACGAAGACAAAUCAAUAUUUAUAGAGGAACAUACUUUAAUAGUGACGACAAUUUUACUGGAUUCGCUUCUAAAACAUCCCUCGCCGAUGAUGUUAUAUAAAACUAAAUUGUCUGUGAUAUGCGCUUUAAAAUCAACGGUUAAGUUUUUAGAACGUUAUGUAAUAAAUGAUAAUUUUGUAAAUGAAUUUAGAGUUUACUUAGAUGAAACGAUUUUAGGCUAUCUCGCGAAGCAGGUGGAACACAGUGACUUGUUUAGUGUGAAAAAGAUUAUUAAAAAAAUUUACGAACCCGUUUUGAAUUAUAAGAAAAAUUAGAACCACCUUUUUAAAAAAAAAAAUUGACCAAAACGACGCGUUAAUAGUAUUAUAUGUUCUUGGGAUCUUACUUUUAUCAUUGUUCCGUUUGUGAAAUAGUAUUGGACUCUGUUUUAUAUUUUGAAAACCAUGUUUAAUAUUGAUUUAAUUGUAUACUCACUAUGAUUAUGGAUUAAAACAUUUUUAUUAUA